GCGUCGCAGCCGACCGAUUCGGUCGUUGUUUGCUGGCUCCAUAUCGCGAACGGCCGCGUACACGACCACCGCGCAAUACGAGUUUCAACUGCGUUUUUCAAACGUUCGUACACCCCCGUUCCGGCCGCGUCGUUUGCGAAAGUGUAAAAAGAUUUCCGAAACAAGAAUAAGGAGAAGGGAAAACUGACCGUUUCGAGCGGACUGGUCGCGGCAAGAAACUGUAUGUAAAGAAAAACGAGAGAAACGAAGUGUGGUAAUCGGUUCCCGUUGUGAGAGGGGGGGUGGUGCUGGUGGUGGCUGCGGCAAAACUGCUCGCAACGUGUUCGCGGACCUUGCCCCUUCCUUUCCGGCGGUUCCCUAAGAGGCAGCGUUAGGACCACCACGGGUCACCUGGUCAAGCUCGUUUCGCGGAUCGGUUACCCUCCCGCCCCUUCUGUCUCGCCUCGUUCGAUACUCCCUGCGUGGAACCGAGUCCGGUGGAACGUCCGGAGAUAUGCGCGUGGUAUCGAUCAUACGAGCCGAUCGCACGGAUAUGUGAUACCGGAAGUAGGUACGGCAGGCUCGACCUGCGUGCAGGUGCUCCGGGGGUGCGUGCCACGUAUGCGUACAUAAGGGUGGCCCGGCGACAGAGCAGAGAAGGGUGAAGGCGCGAGAAGAGGCCGCGUGUCAGGGCCAGUCGUCAGGAUGCACGCCACCGACGCCGUCACCGCGACGACGUCCCUGCCGUCAUCCGCGUCCAUCGCGUCGAAGAUGCCCGGCUAUGCGGCCAGGAUCGUCUGCGUGAUCCUCGUGUCCUCGUGGAUCGGCCAGGACCGGAUGGUCCUCGGCAUAUCCGAACAGCCGGAGAUUACCACGACCGAGGAUUUGAGCGACAGGGGUGAUAAGAAGUUCGGCGACGACUGCGCGGAGGAUCGCGAAUGCGGCUUCGCUGGUUCGUAUUGCGAGCCGAAGAAGAAAUGCGCUUGCAGGGAGGAGUUCGAGGCGACGAAUCAUAUCGACAAAUGUGGACACCCGGCGAACGUGAACGAGUCGUGUUUCUUUCACGAGCAAUGCGAGCUGAGGGUGAGCCAGACCGAGUGCAGGGACGGACGUUGCAUUUGCAUCUUCGAGAAGACCCCGGUCAUCCAGACCGAUGGCUCGAUUGUCUGCAUCGCCGAGAAAACGGAGGACCCCAAUCUACAAUAUAUCGACCCGACGAUGAUCGGAGUUCUCGUUGGCAUGGCACUCAUGUUCGUCAUCAUCUGUGUCGUCCUUAGGCUUUUCAGCAAGGCUCGCUGGCGCGAGAAUCGCACUAUAUUCAACACGCCGAACGCCCGUUUGAUGAACGUGUCUCUGCUGAGGGAGAACAAACUCCUGCACCCGCAGGAGAGACGCGGGUCGAGGGCGAGCGUCAGGGCCCCUUCGAGGCAACCCUCGAUGGCAUCCCUGCGCGCCCACUCGCCGAACGCCUCGCAAGGGUCACGAGCAGGAUCGCGGCGCGGCAGCCGCUGCAGCAGCGGGAACGCGUCGGCGGUCUCGCCGAAGUCGAACAAGUCGCCGCCGAAUCAGACGGAGAACAUGUCGGAGACCGUUCUCGAGAGCGUCACCGUCGAGAUACUCGACCCGAAGACGUAGAUCCCGCCCCCGGAACCUUCGAAGCUACGCGCAGUCUACUCUCGAAAACGUACAAACCCUCCUUUCUUCUAUUUUUAUUCGAUAAAAUUCACUGUUACCGCUGCUACAAACUAUUUCCGGAUGCAAUCAACGCGCAUUUGCGAGCGUGAAGACAAUGAGAAAAUAGCUGGAGACGCAGACACAUCGUGGACGGAGCAUAGGUCGUAUUCAGAUAAUCAUUGGUUAAUUUUUCUAAAACGAGUCGGCCCGUUCGAAGGUGAAACGAAUUUGUGAUCAACUCUAUUAUUAAGGGGCAAUCGUUAGAGGGAUGAAGAGGAGGCAAGUAGAAAUCUAAUGAAUUUGCGCGACGCGUUUCAAUUCAGAGGUCGCUUAGGUUUUGUUUGAAGAUGAACUUUUUUCUACUAUUUAAGAAAGAAGCUUAGCCUUACGAAUUUACGAAUCAUCUUUACACUGUUCGUUUGCCGUCGACUCGCGUUGCAGACGAAUCAGCGGAAUCUGGAGGCGAAGGUCGGUAAAGGACCGGUGCGAGGCUCGACGCGGAGCUUUGCGUCAGCUCGCGGUGUUUUUUCUGGACCAAAUUAUAACGUACCUACGCGUGUCAUUAUAAUGGUCACUCUCGCUAAGAAAAUUCUCGCUUCAGGCUGAUGCACGGAGAACCCGUAUUUUGUAAAUCGACGAAUUCGAUCUGUAAGUGUUAUUCUAUCGUAAAUUAAACGAACGGCAAUCGGCGACGAUUGCGGGUCAACAAUCAAUGGGAGAAGAUAAUCUGUAAAGGCCAUCGCGUUCUGUCUUUUACCUCUGCAUUCUGAGAAACGAUCAAUCUUCUAACGCAUCGACGUCUAAAAUUGAAAAUCUCUAUUAUAUUGGAAAGUCGUUUAUUUGAACGGACAAAAAGAAGACGCGGUCGACCGGAGCUAAAAGAUGGAACACCGGUGCUCUAGCCGCGUUUUAUCGUGGAUAUUUCAAAUCGUCAGCUGGUCUGAUAUAAAAUCGAUACGCGUUAUUAUCGGACGAAGGGAUCGGAGAUGUGUCCGCUGUGGAAACCGUCGACACAGUUUAUUAACGGAGGACCGUUCGGGAAGUAAGUGUCCCCAGCGCGACAGUCUCUCCUCGCCAGUGAAACUGGUUUCCCUCGAGAAGCCAAUACGAAUGGGACCAGACGAGAAGUGUUUGAACCGACAUCUUGGAAAUUAAAUAUACCAAUCGCACUAACAAUUAAGCCCGCCAUCGAUUACAGAGCUCUUUCCGUUUCGCAGACGUUAAACCAAGGGCCGAUCAUCUCGCUUUCGCGUAAUAGGUAACGGGACGCGCGUAAAUGCGCGGGUAGCUAACGGAACUCGAUUCCGUCAGAUUCGAGAGGCGUGACAAAUCGAUUGUUCGUCGAACUUCGACCUUUACAGUGAACGAGCUGCACUGGAACGGUUCCGAAGAUGUACUUUCUCAUUUCUAGUCGACCGUGAGAUGCUUUAUCGUCGCCCUAGGAAGGAAACUUGUCGGAGAAGGUCGAAACUGAUUUCAUUCUUAGAUCUAACACGACCAAACACGUUUCUACGACUGUACUUAUCUUAUUACGUAAUCGCACAAGAUCAACCACACGAGGAUACGAUUUGCACAUUCCUGAAUGUAAACGCAUCGAUGCCAUAUUUUCUUUCUUAGACGAUUAAGUAACGAGAAUCAUUGAUAGUCCGGUACGAUUGUAUCUCAGCAAUUUAGUGCCUGCGCUCUCGCGUGAAUAGCGUUUACGUAUUUAAAACAAAUGAGAUUAACUAAAAUAGAUACAUAAUAUAUGUAUAUAUAUACACACAUAUACAUAUAUGCCAGUACAAGGAGGAAAGAUUAUUAUAUACAUAUAUACAUAUAUAUAUUACAUACGUGACGACUAACGACACUAGGCUUGGCACUAUUUGCACUACUUGUAGAUUCCUAUUUUGGAAUGCCUAGUGACUGUAUCCACUCUGUGAUCUAUGUGCAACGUACAGCUAAACAAACUCAUCUUGCUACCAUCAUUGUUAUUAUUAUUAUUAUUUAUUAUUAUUAUUAAUAUUAUUAUUAUUAUUAUUAUUAAUAUUUACCGAAGUACGUAUACUAAGAUCGUGUAAAAGCGGCUCGCUUAGUUACUGUCGCCCCGCACCUGAAUAACAGUAAACCUAUGUCUUCAGCACCCACGAUAAUCCAUAUGUAUAGCACCUAUAUAGAGACACGUUUUUAACCAGUACGUUGUCUAUAAAUCAUCGUUUAUGUGAGGUCAAGCGAGAUUGACAAGCUGAAUGCGUGCAUCGAUCCGAGGAUAUGAAAUAAAAUUGAAAAAAGAAUUUAAAAAAAAAAAAGAAAAACAGAUAUAUAGAAGUAAAUCUGCGAGGUGAACAGGCUUUUAUUAAGAUAGAACGUAAUUUAAGAGGACAAUCAAGAGAGAUCGAUCUGAUCCGCAAACGAAAUUCGGGGAAGGUUUUCGUUUCCGGAUAGAGCGGAACCUCUGCUGUCCCGUACAGAUUAAGCGACGAAACUCGAUAGGAUUAUAUAACUGUAAUUCAGCUCUCUGUGGAAAGUAAUCGUUCGUUUGUAAGAAUUCUAGAGUAAAGUUCGAAGAGUAGUUAACGUGCUUUUCCCGUCGUUAGAGUUUCCCUUGCGAAACGAAGCACCGACGUGUCUCGUUCUCAUCGGUAGAUGACCCGCUCGCCCUUUUACGAAGGGGGAGCGAACUGGUCAAACAACCCUGAUUUAAACAAUCGUAAAUAACGUAGGAAACGAAGAAGCAAUUCAAA